AAAAAGGAAAGGUUACGCAGGGUAGACUUUUGGUUUGUUCUAAAAAAGAAACCCAUGUGACAAGUCACGAGCCAGUCUUCAUUCUUUCAUUUUCAUUGUUGUCUUCUUCAUAUAUCGAAAGCAAAUCGUUUGAAACUUUUUCCAACCCCUAACACUUACCACAUCACUACUAGUAGUAGACUAGACACUAGUUUUUAUCUUUUCGCCACAACUACUACUAUUAUUCACUGCAUCCUCCAACUAAUAUGAAUGAAUAAUGGAAAGAACUUCUUCGAAUUCAAAGAUUCAAUUAUUGGUUUGGUUUUCUCAACUCAUGGGAGGUCUUUGUUCUAGGUCCGCUGAAGUUGACCGCGUCUUCGCCAACUCCGAUGCCGAUUCCGAUCUUGCUCAUAAGCCUAAUACUAACACUAAUCAUCCCGCUCAUUUCACCUCCCCGCCGCAGUUACACCACAUCACGGAUAGGAAUCCUGCCACCGACGAACUUUUCUACGACGGAAUUCCGCGAUACUCCGAUAAGUCUAGGUCAAAGCAAGCUACUGUAUCUAAGGUCUCGGAGGUGAGUUCACGCUUGGGAAGAGCUGGAUUGGGGAAGGCAGUGGAGGUUUUGGACAAUCUUGGGAGCAGCAUGGCAAAUUUAAAUGCUGGGAGUGGCUUUGUUUCUGGAGCUGCAAUAAAGGGGAAUGAAAUUUCCAUCUUAGCAUUUGAGGUUGCAAACACUAUUGUCAAAGGUUUUCAUCUUCUGCAAUCUCUCUCCAAAAAAAGUAUUAGGCAUCUAAAAGAAGAUGUGCUUCAUUCAGAAGUUGUGCAAGAUUUAGUGUCAAAGGAUAAAGACGAGCUUCUUUGGAUUGUUGCCGCAGACAAAAGGCAGGAGUUGAAAGUUUUUUCUGAUGAGGUGAUUCGUUUUGGAAAUCGUUCGAAGGAUCCCCAGUGGCACAACUUAGACCGAUACUUUGAGAAAGAAUCAAAUGCUCAAAGACUCUCAAGAGACGAGGCAGAAUCAAUAAUGCAACAAUUGAUGACAUCGGUCCAAUUUACAGCUGAGUUGUACCACGAACUUCAUGCGUUGGAUAGAUUUGAACAAGAUAUUGAGCGUAAGGGUGAAGAUGAGGAUGAAAGAGGUGAUAACCUCGCAUUCUUGAGAGCAGAAAUUAAAAGUCAAAAGAAGCAAAUCAAACAUUUAAAGAAAAAAUCACUCUGGUCUAGAAGUUUGGAGGAGGUUAUUGAAAAGCUUGUAGACAUUGUCCAUUUUUUACAUUUGGAGAUAAGCAAUACUUUUGGGAAUGCAGAUGGCCCCAAAUCAAUAAUUGGAGUCAAUCGUCAAAGAUUGGGCCCUGCAGGCCUUGCUUUGCAUUAUGCAAAUAUAGUGCUUCAAAUUGAUACCCUUGUAGCCAGGUCUAGUUCUAUGCCUGCAAAUACAAGGGAUUCAUUAUAUCAAAACUUGCCCCCUAAUAUAAAAUCAACUUUGCGUUCCAAAUUACCAUAUUUUCAUGUUGUAGAAGAGCUAACUGUAGCAGAUAUAAAAAAUGAGAUGGAGAAAACAUUACAUUGGUUGGUUCCAAUUGCCACAAACACAUCCAAAGCACAUCAUGGUUUUGGCUGGGUAGGAGAGUGGGCAAACACAGGCUCUGAGGUGAAUAUGAAAGUUCUCCAUGGUGGUGCAAUGAGGAUUGAGACAUUUCACUAUGCCGAUAAAGACAAAGUAGAACAUUAUAUUCUUGAACUUCUCUUAUGGCUUCACCGCUUGGCCAUCAAAAGCAAGGUUGGCAGUGAUGUUGGCAAAGUCAGGUCUGCCAUCAAGUCCUCUGUUGGCGGUACCUCGGAAAAAACAAAUAAGCAGUCUACAAGUGCCCUAUUACCAAUUGUAACAAUUGAUGAGCAAAACAUGUUGCAGGAUGUAAUUAAGAAAACAAAAACAAAAGGAAUCAGUAAAAGCUUGGACUUUGACAGCAUGAAGCCAACAAUGAGUGAAAAGUGCAGACUGACCAAGAGUAACAGUCUUUCAUCAAGUGAAAGCAAGCAAUUAUCUUUUAAUAGGAUUUUGUCAAAGCUUCCUGUGAUUGAUUUUGAUAUUGACAAAGAACGAGCAUUGAACGUAAUCGACAGACUAGAUUUGGUUAGAUAAUUGCAGUUUUACUGAUUGCUUUUGAAAUUAAUGGAGAGAAGAGAAGUAACAGGACACUUGAACAUAAGAGUAGAAUAUCUGGGUGUACAUAUCAUACUCUGUGCAAGUGUUGAAUGCCAUUAUUUUUGCUGCAACUAUGGCACCCUGAUUCCCUUGGCUUGAUUAGGAUGCAUUGUUUUGGUGAAGUUCCACGAUGUAGAUAGAUACAUCAUCGUCCAAAAUUGUUGAGGCGAUAGACGUUCAUUCGAGCAUCAAUGUGACUGCAGUGGCCACUCGGGUUGGGGCAUGAUGGAAUUGGUGUUCAGUCUUAAGAAUGUUAUGUAUAUACUAAAUGAGUUAAUGUGGAUGGAUAUAUGCAUAGCUUUAAGUUCGUCAUGCGAUUGAUUGUGGACUAUAUAUAUCAAUGGUAAAACAUUCUUUUAUCACUUUCAAGAAAAAAUGAUGCAUUUUUUUUA